AUGGAACUUUUGCCCGCCGCUCGCUUCGACUUGCAUCAACUCAAUGAGGCCAGCGUCGGCCUGGUUUCGGGCCCGAAAACUUUGGCCCGCGAAACCAUCCUCAAAUACACACCAAAUCAGGCCUAUCUGGUAUUGCAGGUGGGUUUUUCUGAAUAAUUUUUUUUUAAAUUUUUAAAAUUGAAAAAAAAAAUUUAGGAAUUGGACAAAUCGAUCGCCGGCAAGGAUAUUUUGGUGAAAAAUGAAGAUGCGCUCCACCUCAAAUUGAUCACCAUUGAGGUACGGUUUUUGCCCGCCAAAAAAACCUAUGACGUCAUCAAAAUCUCACAGUACACAGUGUUCUGUUUAUCCCCCAUCAAAUGACCCAUUUUUUCCCAGGAUCAAGUUUAUCACUCCUUAUUUUCCUUAUCAUCUAUAUCCUUAUGUAUAUAUCCUAUCUCCGGAAAGGGAAAACGCAACAAUUUGCGAAAAACCAUGGCGAUUUUUGAAAUCUGCACGGAAUUUUGAUGGGGGAUCAAUUUUUUUCGGAAAAAAUAAAAAAUUUCAGGGGGGUCCUUUAAGACAAGUUUUUCAAAAAUUAAUGAUUUUAGGUGUCUUUUGAGCCCAAAUUAUGUGCUUAUUUAAAAAAACUAGACUAUAGUUGUCAUUUUUUAAGUUUAGUAUGAGCAAUGAUUCAAAAACACUUGGGGUGGGAUCCUUUAAGACAAGUUUUUCAAAAAUAUAUCAUUUUGGGUGUCUUUCAAGCACAAAGGUUCAGAAAACUAGACUAUAGUUGUUAUUUUUGUAGUUUAACCUGAGAAAUGCCUCAAAAACACUCAAGGGGGUCCUUUAAGACAAGCGUUCCUAAAUUAUAUCAUUUUUGGUGUUUUGCGAGCCCAAAUUUUAUGCUGAGUUCGAAAAACUAGACUAUAGUUGUUAUUUUUAAAGUUUAUCAUGAGCAAUGCCUCAAAAACACUCAGGGGGUCAGGGCUGUGCGGAAUUUACUUGUCGGCAUUUCGCAACGCCGACUUUCAGUGCCGAAAAUUUUUUUCGGCUGGUCGGGAUGCCGACUUCUUGUGCCGAAAUUUUUUCUCGGAAUUUCGGGAUGCCGACUUUUUUGCCGAAAAAAAAAAUUCGGCAAUUCGGCACCCCGAUUUUGUUCAAAUUCGGCAUUUUGGCAGUGAUUCAGAAAUUUUGAAAACUAUAAAAAUGAUAGAAAAAUGAAUAAAAUUAUAUUUUAGUUUGAUUUUAGUCAUAACUCAAUAGAUAUGAAGCUAAAACAAGACAUUCUGCAGAAAAUAGAGGUAAAAACACAUUUUUUAUUUUACUGGAGAACAUUUUGGUUGUGAUUUCGGCACAUUUUGAAAUCGGUACAAAAUUCGGCUUCUAUCAAGUGCCGAAAAAGUUUUCGGUCGGUAAUGCCGACUUGAAAAACUGCCGAAAAUAUUUUCGGGCGGUAGUGCCGACUUCAAAAAUUGCCGAAAAAUCAGGAAAACUCGGCAUUUCGGCAAAUCGGCGUGCCGAUUCCGCCCAGCCCUGAGGGGGGUCCUUUAAGCCUGAAUAUGUCACGUUUGGUGUCUCCCAACUCCAAAUUUCACGCUGAAUCCAAAAAUCCGCCCAAAAAUCCUCAUUUUCCAGACCGAAAAGGAGAACCGUCGCCUCCUUCCGAUCGCCCAACAAUUCCAUUCAGUUCCAGCCGGCCGCCACGCUGAAAAUCACCUCUCCGAUUUGUUGGCCGCCCACUCGCUGGGACGCUACAAUUUGGAGCUCAAGAAAAAUGUGACCAUCGAUUCGUAUCAGGUAACAUCAUUGCUCAUUUUACAGCAAAAAAAAUGUAUUGCUCAUAUUAUUAUUUUUAGUUGACCGAUUCGUGGCGAGACGACGCUGGAUUCAUCGUCACUGAUCGUUUGAUCUUUGCCGACAACACUUAUGAUGCUCAAAAAUUGGUGGCAGCUUUGACACCGUCUUCUGGUGAGAUUUUCGGGGGCAUUGCUCAUAUUAAACUGCAAUUUUUGGAAUGAGCUUGAAAUUUUGAGCUAAAUGAUAUAACUUUUGAGGAGAUUUCUCAUGUUAGCCUGGAAAUUUCGGAUUUUCGGGAUUUUUUGAGGGAGAUUGCUCAUGUUAAACUGGAAAUUUUGGAUUUUUCAAGGUUUCUGAGAGAUUGCUCAUGUUAAUCUGCAAUUUUUGAAACUAGCUUGAAAUUUUGAGCAAUAUUAUAUUACUUUUGAGAAGAUUGCUCAUGUUAAACUGAAAAUUUUGGAUUUUUCGAGUUUUUUUGAGGAAUUGCUCAUGCUAAACAUUAUGAAACAUUGCUCAUAGUUGAAAAAAUAAUAAUUUUCCUAGAAGUUUGAAGCAUUGCUCAUAAUAGUCUCAAAAUUCACUGAAAAUCCAAAUCCUGCGACAUUGCUCAUAUCAAACAUUUCACAGCAUUGCUCAUAUUAAUCUUUUAUAUUCAAACAUUGCUCAUACUAGUCUCCAAAUCUCGCCAUUGCUCAUAUUAACCUAAUUUUUUCCCUCAGAAAAAAUCGUGGCCUACACCGCCAGCGAUUUCGACGCCGUCGCCGACUUCGACAACACUGUAUGCGGCUUCUCACGCGACUCCUACUUGCAACUUUUGCUCAAAAAUUCGCAAGUCUUGCUCGCCAAAAGUGGAGCUGUCGAUGGCUAUAUCGCUGGAAACGGCGAGCAGGUAGGCGCGGUGGCCUAGAAACCCAAAAAUCAAAAAUAGCUCUUCCAGAUUCACGCAAUCUACGCCGAAACCAUGGAAUUGGCCCACUCACUCGUCAAAGCCUACAUCCAAAAAUUGGGCCUAAAAACAGUCCGAUUCUUCACAGCCCAAGGAGUUUGGCCGGAAAAUGUGACACCAUUGAAAUCCAGACAAGUUUAUAGAAGACACACACGCGCUGUUCCAUCAUUAUUGAAAUUUUCCAAGGUAAAAACUUCAAAAAAACAACUUUAAGCUUCUGAAAUAUUCAAUUUUUUGCAGAUCUACGCAUUGAAUAUGGGUGUUCACAUCGUCUAG